GGCUACGAAACCGAGGCUGACGGCGGCGGCGGCGGCGGUCGGGGCGAGGUUGCUCCUACCUAGGGUGGGCGCGCGUGCGUGCGUGUGGCCAUGGGGCGCUUUCACUUCACGCGGGACCCCAUCCCCGAGUCCGUAGGGAGCGACAUGCUGCACUUGAACCAGCUCAGCGCAGAGCAGUUUGCCACACUGACUGAAGUGAUUUUCUACUUUUUGGUUCAACCCAAGGAGGUUGAAACAUUUCUGGCUAAACUGUCUGAUUUUGCUGCCACCAAUCAGAUCAGCCUUGGGCCCUUAAAGAAUAUUGUGAAAAGCCUUCUCCUAGUGCCUAAUGGUGCCUUGAAGAAGAAUAUGACUGCUGAGCAGGUCAGAGCAGAUUUCAUUACUCUGGGGCUCAGUGAAGAGAAAGCCACUUAUUUUUCUGAGAAGUGGAAACAGACAUCUCCCACACUUGCACGAUGGGCAAUAGGACAGACAUUGAUGAUCAACCAGCUUAUAGAUAUGGAAUGGAAAUUUGGAGUGACAUCAGGGAGCAGUGAACUGCAGAAAGUGGGGAGUAUUUUUUUACAAUUGAAGUUGGUGGUUAAAAAAGGAAACCAGACUGAAAACGUGUAUAUAGAGUUAACCCUGCCUCAGUUCUAUAACUUCCUGAGUGAGAUGGAACGUGUCCGAGCCAGCAUGGAGUGUUUCUGCUGAAGGUUACAGACCCUGAAUGGCUAAACAAAUUGUGGUACAUAGCUGUAACUGUGCUGUAAGAGAUGACAAAUGUGAUGAAUACAGAGAAGAAUGCCAAGAUCUACGUGAACUGAUGCAGAGCAAAGUAAGCAGAGCCAAGAAAACAAAAUACACAGUGACCACAACUGUAAAUGGAAAGAAUAACCAUAUACACACAAGUCAAAAGUAAAUUUAGACAAAUGAUAAAGAGCAAGCAUUAUUCAAAAGAAAUGAGAAGGUGCUCCUACUUCACCCCUUUGCAAAGGUGGGAGGGCCACAAGUAUUGCCAUCGCAUAUGUUUUCAGACUUUUUUUCAUGUAUUGAUCAGUUAUGCUGCUUUUUUUCCUUUUCUUUUUUCUUCCCCAAAUACUAUUUUUUUAAAUAUGUGAUUUCUCUCUGGAGAGGAAGGAUACUGAAAAAAAUUAUGAAGGUGUUAAAAAAACCAAAGGACAUCAAUAAAAUUUUAUUUUUAAAAAAGUUAGGAACCCUUGGGCCUAUAAUCUCUAAGGUCCCUUCUAAAUCAAGAUCUGUGAACCUAUGACUGGCCUAAGGUCACAUAAUGAGUAAGUGGCAGGUUGUACCUGUACCCUGUGGCCUAGAACUGAAACUAUGUGUUUGCGUGGACUGGGUUCCAUCUUUGGAAAUUCUCUCUAAAAUGUCUCUGGUUCAUUCCUCAACCUAAGGUUUCCUAUAGGAAUAUAAAAUUUUAGCUCACUUCUAGGGUACAUAACAGCAAAAAGAAAAGGCUCUCAACUCCCAUGUAAGACUUAAGGCAAAUUUGCUACAAAAUUUAGGACAGGCUUUAUCUAAUUCAACAGAAAUGCAAAAGGCUCACACCCAAGUCCAUCAGCUUUCUUUUUUUUUCUUGGGAGCCCCACCUCCACAGGGAACCACUUAAUUAAACUUGUUUUGCUACCGUGUCCCUCCAUUUCCUAUAUCAGUUUUUAGCCUCAUCCUUAUGACAAGCCCCUCCUUUCCCAGGACCUACAAAGUUCUUCAAGCUUCUAAAGCUACCCUGGGUAGGGACUUCUUGACAGGAAAAAACACUUCUCUAGGUCUGUUGUUGCUGAGCUCUUUUUCUGUCUUGUCUGACUCUUCAUGACCCAAUUUGGGGUUUUUUUUGGCAAAGAUCCUGGAGUGGUUUGCAAUGUCCUUCUCCAGCUCAUUUUGCAAAUGAAGAAACUGAGGCAGACAGGGUUGUGUGACUUGCCUACGGUCACACAGCUAAUAAAUGAGGCCAGAUUUGAAUAUGGGAAAAUGAGUCUUGCUGAUUUCAGGCCCUAUACUUUUUCCACUAUGCUACCUAGCAGCAGAUCUCUGGAUUUGUACAAUCCAUGUAACUCACCAUACCAGCGAAGAACAAGGUUGGGGUUUCCCCCCCUCUGUGUCUUGGCAGUGUUCCUUGCUAUUCCUCAGUUCCAGCUCUAUUUGGCUCAAAAACUCCUCUACUGGCCCAGGAAUUCCUGUUCUUCCACUAUGGAUACCCCACUGCUAUUUUUAAAAGUAAUUUUUUUUCUUGAUUUAUUUUGUAAUUUUUAAUAUUCAUUUUGUAAAAAUUUUGAGUUCUAAAUUCUUUCCCUUUCUCUUAACCAUCCCCCACCUAGUGAAAGGUUUAAGUAAUUUUUAAAAUAUUUUUGUUAUUCUGAACUUGACAAAAAGCAAACAGAAGUAUCUACAUACAAAUGAACAGAAAAAAGAGAUCUAUAAAUGGAAAUGUAGAUUUCUAAACUUAUAGCAUAUUCCUUUUUAAUAAAUGUAUAUAAUACAUUUUGAACAU